AGGCUGCGAGCGCCGCCGCUGGAGAAGACCGACGCUCGGCCAGAGCCAGCCCGCGGCGACCGGGCCUGGCUGGCUACUUCCCGCCCCAGCUUCUGCCCCCGCCCCCGCCGUCGCAGACUCUGUCCAAGCGGGCGCGGAGAAACGCUAGGUCCCUUGACCCUGCAGGAUCUGGCUGGGCCCGGAUCCGCGGCACUGGAGGUUCCUCAGGAAGCCAUGAUAUUCUCCUUUCCACUGUGGUUUUGGGAGCAUGAAGGCAUUACUUACACCUUAUAUCUGGUUCACUGUAUGUAGGCUGGGAGUAUCUGCUCACUGCUUGGCGUGCUCUCCUGUGGAACAUCAGGAAUAAGACUGAGGACUCUCGCAGUGGACCAUGAGUUGGUAAUGCCCACUGAGGACCUUUGGGAGCCAUGUCAGACGAAUCUGCCUCAGGGAGCGAUCCAGACCUGGACCCGGACGUGGAGCUGGAGGAUGCGGAAGAGGAGGAGGAGGAGGAGGUGGUAGCAGUGGAGGAGCAUGACAGGGAUGAUGAGGAAGACCUGCUGGAUGACCUAUCCCUGGAAAGCAUGUGUGGCACUGAGCAUGCCCAGCUGGGGGAAGAUGGACAGCGGCCACCACGGUGCACUUCAACUACCUCAUCUCAGUCUGAGCCUUCAGAGCAGCUUAGGCACCACCAAGGCAAGAUUCUAGCCUCAGAGGACCCUAAAAAGAAGAGAGCCCAGAAGCCCUCUCACAUGAGGCGAAACAUAAGAAAGCUACUCCGGGAGGAUCAGUUGGAGCCGGUUACCAAAGCAGCACAGCAGGAAGAGUUGGAAAGAAGGAAGCGCCUGGAGCAGCAGAGGAAAGAUUAUGCAGCCCCCAUUCCCACUGUUCCCCUGGAAUUCCUCCCUGAAGAAAUUGUCUUAAGAGCAAGUGAUGGUCCUCAGUUGCCUCCUCGGGUCUUGUCCCAGGAAGUCAUUUGUUUGGACAGUAGCAGUGGUAGUGAGGAUGAAAAAAGCAGUCGAGAUGAGGUGAUUGAACUGAGCUCUGGAGAAGAGGAUACUCUGCACAUUGUGGACAGCAGUGAGUCUGUCAGUGAGGAGGACGAGGAAGAAGAGAAGGGUGGCACUCAUGUGAAUGAUGCCUUAAACCAGCAUGAUGCUCUUGGGCGAGUCCUCGUCAACCUCAACCAUCCUCCAGAGGAGGAGAAUGUCUUCCUGGCCCCACAGUUGGCACGGGCCGUGAAACCUCAUCAGAUUGGUGGGAUCCGGUUCCUGUACGAUAACCUAGUGGAGUCAUUGGAGAGGUUUAAGACCAGUAGUGGCUUUGGCUGUAUCCUAGCCCACAGCAUGGGUCUGGGGAAAACUUUGCAGGUGAUCUCAUUCAUCGAUGUCCUCUUUCGCCACACGCCAGCCAAAACCGUCCUUGCCAUUGUGCCGGUUAAUACUCUCCAGAAUUGGCUGGCAGAGUUCAACAUGUGGCUCCCAGCUCCUGAAGCCCUUCCAGCUGACAACAAGCCUGAAGAAGUCCAGCCUCGUUUUUUUAAAGUCCACAUUUUGAAUGAUGAGCACAAGACGAUGGCAUCUCGUGCUAAAGUGAUGGCUGAUUGGGUCUCAGAGGGAGGGGUGCUGCUGAUGGGGUAUGAAAUGUAUAGACUUCUCACUUUGAAGAAAUCCUUUGCUACAGGUAGACCUAAGAAAACUAAGAAACGCUCUCACCCAGUCAUCAUUGAUCUGGAUGAGGAAGAUCGACAGCAGGAGUUUCGGAGAGAGUUUGAGAAGGCCUUAUGUCGCCCUGGUCCUGAUGUGGUUAUCUGUGACGAGGGACACCGCAUCAAAAACUGCCAGGCCAGCACCUCCCAGGCUCUGAAGAAUAUACGCUCUCGCCGCCGGGUGGUGCUGACUGGGUACCCCCUGCAGAACAACCUUAUCGAGUACUGGUGCAUGGUGGACUUUGUGCGCCCAGAUUUCCUGGGUACUCGGCAAGAGUUCAGCAACAUGUUUGAACGCCCUAUCCUGAAUGGGCAGUGUAUUGACAGCACACCUCAGGACGUCCGCCUCAUGCGGUACCGGAGCCAUGUCCUACACAGUCUCCUGGAGGGUUUUGUGCAGAGGAGAGGCCAUACUGUGCUGAAGAUUCAUCUCCCUGCCAAGGAAGAGAAUGUGAUCCUGGUGCGGCUCUCUAAGAUUCAGAGAGAUUUGUACACACAGUUCAUGGACCGCUUCCGAGACUGUGGUAGCAGUGGCUGGCUGGGGCUGAAUCCUCUCAAGGCUUUCUGUGUAUGCUGUAAGAUUUGGAAUCAUCCUGAUGUGUUGUAUGAAGCCCUUCAGAAGGAGAGCCUGGCCAAUGAGCAGGACCUAGAUGUGGAAGAGCUUGGCUCAGCAGGGACCAGUGUCCGUUGCCCACCCCAGGGAACAAAAGUCAAAGGAGAGGAUAGCACUUUGGUUUCCUCAGUGGGAGAGGCAACCAAUAGCAAGUUCCUACAAGGAGUUGGCUUCAACCCUUUUCAGGAGCGAGGCAACAAUAUUGUCACAUAUGAAUGGGCCAAGGAGCUUCUGACUAACUACCAGACUGGAGUCUUGGAGAAUUCUCCCAAGAUGGUACUACUUUUCCACCUAAUUGAGGAAAGUGUGAAGCUUGGGGACAAGAUCCUUGUGUUUAGCCAGAGCCUUUCUACCCUAGCUCUCAUCGAAGAGUUCCUAGGGAAACGAGAAGUUCCCUGUCUGCCUGGUGUAGAGGGGCAAGGAUCACAGAAGUGGGUUCGAAAUGUCAGCUACUUCCGGCUGGAUGGUAGCACCCCGGCCUUUGAGAGGGAGCGGCUUAUUACUCAGUUCAACGACCCCAGCAACCGAAGCACCUGGCUAUUCCUUCUCUCCACAAGGGCCGGAUGCUUGGGUGUGAAUCUGAUUGGUGCCAACCGCGUGGUGGUGUUUGAUGCCUCCUGGAAUCCUUGCCAUGAUGCCCAGGCAGUGUGUCGGGUAUAUCGUUAUGGCCAGAAAAAGCCCUGUUACAUCUAUCGCCUGGUCGCUGAUUAUACCCUUGAAAAGAAGAUCUAUGACCGUCAGAUCUCCAAGCAGGGAAUGUCAGAUCGGGUGGUAGAUGAUCUAAAUCCAAUGCUGAACUUCACUCGGAAGGAAGUGGAAAACCUACUGCACUUUGUUGAGAAGGAGCCAGCUCCCCAAGCAUCCUUGAAUGUAAAAGGGAUCAAGGAAUCAGUCCUGCAACUUGCCUGUCUGACUUACCCUCACCUCAUCACCAAGGAGCCUUUUGAGCAUGAAUCAUUGCUCCUCAACAGAAAGGAUCACAAGCUGACCAAGGCUGAGAAAAAAGCAGCAAAGAAAAGCUAUGAGGAAGACAAACGCACAUCAGUCCCCUAUACCCGCCCAUCAUAUGCGCAAUAUUACCCUGCCAGUGACCAGAGCCUGACCAGCAUCCCUGCCUUCAGUCAGAGGAACUGGCAGCCAACACUGAAGGGCGAUGAAAAGCCAGUGGCCAGUGUUCGUCCUGUACAGUCCACCCCCAUCCCCAUGAUGCCACGGCAUGUCCCCCUUGGGGGCAGUGUAAGUUCUGCCUCCAGCACAAAUCCAUCCAUGAACUUCCCAAUCAACUACUUGCAGCGGGCAGGAGUCCUCGUCCAGAAGGUGGUCACCACAACAGAUAUUGUUAUUCCUGGACUAAACAGCUCCACAGAUGUUCAGGCAAGAAUUAAUGCUGGUGAGAGCAUCCAUAUCAUCCGUGGGACAAAAGGGACAUACAUCCGUACUUGUGAUGGGCGGAUCUUUGCUGUCCGCGCAACUGGCAAACCAAAGGCCCCUGAAGAUGGUCGGAUGGCUGCCUCAGGUUCCCAGGGGCCUUCUCGUGAGUCCACAAGUAAUGGCAGACACAGUGCCUCAUCACCCAAAGCUCCAGACUCCGAGGGCCUGGCCAGGCCUGUCUCUCCUGACAGUCCGGAGAUCAUCAGUGAGCUCCAGCAGUAUGCAGAUGUGGCUGCUGCUCGGGAAUCCCAUCAGAGCUCCCCAAGCACCAAUGCUGCCCUGCCUGGCCCCCCAGCCCAACUUGUGGACAGCAGUGCUGUUCCUGGGACAGCUCUUGGAACUGAGCCACGGCUUGGGGGUCACUGCUUUAAUAGUUCCCUCUUAGUGACUGGCCAGCCCUGUGGUGGCAGACACUCAGUGUUGGACUUAAGGGGCCACAAACGAAAGUUGGCCACUCCACCUGCCGCCCAGGAGUCAUCCCGCCGGCGGUCCAGGAAAGGCCAUUUGCCAGCCCCCAUGCAGCCGUUUGAACACGGGUAUCCAGUCUCUGGCGGGUUUGCCAUGCCACCUGUCUCCUUAAACCAUAACCUCACCACCCCCUUCACCUCCCAGGCUGGGGAGAACUCCCUGUUUAUGGGCAGUACCCCAUCCUACUACCAGCUGUCCAACUUGCUGGCAGAUGCCCGCCUGGUGUUUCCAGUGACUACUGACCCUCUGGUGCCAGCAGGCCCUGUCAGUUCCUCUUCCACGGCUACCUCAGUCACUGCCAGCAACCCUUCCUUCAUGCUCAACCCCUCUGUGCCAGGGAUACUCCCCAGCUAUUCACUCCCUUUCUCACAACCACUCCUGUCCGAGCCAAGGAUGUUUGCGCCUUUUCCUUCCCCUGUCUUGCCCAGCAACCUUUCACGGGGCAUGUCUGUCUAUCCUGGCUACAUGUCCCCACAUUCAGGCUACCCAGCUGGUGGCCUCCUCCGGUCCCAGGUGCCUCCAUUUGACUCUCAUGAGGUUGCUGAGGUGGGGUUCAGCUCCAAUGAUGAUGAAGAUAAGGAUGAUGAUGUAAUAGAGGUCACUGGGAAAUAGCUGGGGACCCCCUCCCCACCUCAUUUGGGGGCCCCAUUAGGUCGCCCACCAGGCAGGAAGGCAGUGAUCUGGGAUUCUGAGGAUAGGGUACUUGGCAAGAUAGAAAAGGAAGACAAAGAAUAGUUGGCCAGAGUGGCAGAGCUCUGUUGCUGUUAACAAAAGAGAAAAAAAUAAAUCCAACAGAACAGUAAUAGCAGGAAAUCAGGGACCCAAAACUGAGAUGGAGGGGUAGGGCAGCCUGCCUCUCUUCCUUCCUGCCUAGCUUUUGCUGUCUGCUUACUUAUUUGCCCAUCUGAGUGUAGACGCUCACGUCCCAUUUCUGUCUUUGGGAACAUUCUCUCCCUGUAGAGCUGCCUUACCUGGUGACUAGCUUGGCCUGGGGAGGGGAGGGGAGGGAGGGAGGAUGAGUAAGAGAAGGAGGGUGGGCAGGGGGAGCAGGCUGAGAUCCUAUGUGAAGUGGGGUCUUUUUAGGGUUUGGGAAGGAAGCAGACCAGGUAUGUGUGGGUGUGUGCGCGUGUGUUUCUGUAUGUAUGUAACAGGGUGGGGUGAAGUUGGGAGGGGAGGGAGGGAGGGAAGAAUAAGGGGGAAAUUAAAAAAUGAAUUUAUCUUUUUUAAAGUGGAAAUCAGAGUACAGUGGUUCAUGGCAACUAUUAGUAGAACAUCAAGAUGAGUUCAGAAGAGCCAUGGAAAUUACAAGUUUCCUUCUAGGUGGGUGAAAAGAAAGCCCAGCUAACUCAACUCUCUGGUUUUUAGAGCCACAUUUGUUUUAGAAUUUGGGGGUAAUUAUGAGAGAAAAAGGGCAUUACCAAUCUGUCUCUUUCCCUGGUGUCCCAUCUCUGAGCAGAUCUCCCCUCCUCAGGUGGGAAGGAAAAACACUUGCAGUGUGAGUGAGAGGUCAUAGAGUUGUGGCUGGAAAAGACAUUCUUCCGCAAGAGUGGAACUAAGCCCCCAGCUGCCUAUCCUGGUGGUCUUUCCUCUGCUUUUCCUCCUUCCACAUUAGAGAGCUCCAUGUUAAUUUAUUUCUUAUGGGAAAUUAUUUAUUAUUUGGAUUUUUCAUGUGUGUGUGUAUGGUUUUUUUUUUAAGCGGCAUUGGGGAGGUUUGGGGUACAGAAGGUAGGAGAUAGGGAAGUUUUAAGAUAUUCUGGACCCCAUAGCUCCUGGUGAAAAAAAACAAAAAACAACAACAACAACAACAAAAACCCUGGAUGGGUGGUGAGUUGACCGGGAAAGGAUUAGGAUUGGCCAGGGGUUAAACAGCCAUGCUUUAGGUCUUGGGAAGAUCAGGGAAUCUUGAGACUGGAUAAUUAGUGGUGGUAAGACUCAUUCCACAGAGAUUGAAACUUGGGAUCAUGGAGUUUGUUUGCUAUUGGGAGGUAAGUUACCCCCAGAUUUGGAGCUGUGUCCUCAGAUGAUGGUAGAGGCCAACUCUCUAUGCUGAAUAGUGGGGCUGUGGGUAGGCAUUUGCUGGGUUAGAGGGAGUGGGCUAUUGAUUCCUAAAAGGAAACUUCCCUAGUUUGCUGGGUGAGCAUUGUGGGGCUGGUGUCUGCUGCAUCCAUCUUUGAAGGGGCUAGGAGGAACCUUUCCUCUGUUGAAGCCUUAAGUCUGGCUUUUAUAAGAACAGGAACACAUUAGUCAUUCUGGUCUCUUGUCAGUGCCAGGGAAGGGACAUCUUAAGCAUAAACACUGUCUUCUAUUGGUGUGUAAUGCACCCCUUACCCCCCCACACACAUUUUGCCAGGCGAUUCUUUUUAAUGAAAGAGCUCUGCCACCUACCUGUGGCUUCUCUCUGAUUGGGCAUAUGCUGCAUCUGCCUCUUCCUAUCUCUGGUGGCAGCUUAGCCUCCUGUACCUCUUCUGAUCAGUUUGUUUCUCCAUUAUUGGGGGGCCUUAGCAUACUCUGGGGUAUUGUUCCUAGUAAAGAAAAUGAGGUGGCUGGGUGUGUGUGUGUGUGUGUGUGUGUGUGUGUGCGCGUGUGCGUGCAUGCCCAUCCAUUUUGUGUGCUGUCCAGUAACACCAAAAGUGGAACUUAAGGAGCGUUCCUUUCUUUGUUUUCAUAAGCACUCUGUCAGACACUUAACUCUUCUUAUAGAAGCCUUAGAUCUACAAUAUAGCUAUGCAAAUUAUUUUUAUAAUUUAAAAAUAGCAGUUCCAACUAGUGCUUUCUCUGUCAGGUGCAUCCCAGUAGUGGAUGGUGAAGGGUAUCAACAAUUAGAGUGGGUUCUCAGGUUGAGGCUAGUGCAGUAGGAGUUAGUCUGGAUCUACAAUUAGCAGAACACACUCAGAACUUGGGUUACACUAACGCCUCUUGGACCUUGAAGCACUGGGAUCCCAGAGGGUGUGUGCCUGUGAGUGUUUGUGUGUUUGUGUUUGUAUGUGUGUGUGAGUGAGAAAGAGAUAUAUCUGGGGAUAGAGAUAAUUCUAUGUUCAGUAACAGGAAAUCAGUGCAGCAGUCUCUGAGGAUCUAAAACCAUUUCAGCAGGGAACUGAAACUGGUUACUAGAGGGACAGGCUUUUGAAGUAGCCAGAAAGUAAAUGGGUAUUCUGAGAGCAGCGCUUGUGUGCCACCUUGCAAUAGUUCCAGGGCCUGAGUCUUGCUUUAGUUCAGCAGAGGCCAUAAUUCUGGGAGGCAGACCUGGCUAGAGAAGGCUUUCUCUGAUUAUGUGUAUUUCUUGUUGUGCAGGGGAUUCAGUGAAAUUGAAGUACAAUCAGUUCCUUUUUUGGGGGGUGGGGUUAAUGAACCUGAAAAUAUACUGAUUCUCUUGAUUUUCCUGCUGUCUUUGUGGUACUGGGGCUUGAACUCAGGACUUUGUGCUUGUGAGGCAGGCCUAGUGCCACUGAGCUAAAUCCCAGGUCCUUUUCCUGCUGUCUCUUUAUGUGUGCUUGUGGGCAAACCUGCAAGUAUACAAAACAUGAGGGAAGCAGAAAUGUUUCAGUUUCUUUGAUCAGAAACACGUGGUACGUGGUGGUGGUUCUGCUUCUUAGGAUCCAGGCCUGAGAGAUGAGGAUAAUGCUGAUGACCUGGGGAAGGCAGAAGAUCAGACCUAGGCAUUUUCUCUCACUGUUGUCUGCCAUGGAGUGUUGUCAAGGGGGACUCAAGUUCCAUACAUUUGGUGUAGCCUAAGUUAUUUUCCUGGGGAACAUAGUACUAAAUGAAUUAAGAUUACCAUGUACAGUGAUGUUGAUUCCUUUUCUUCAUGUCUGCAUGGAUAAAGACUGCUAACAAGGACAAAGUAGCUAUUUAAGAAAGGAAGUAAGUGAACUAUUGGGUCAGAUCUUUUUCUGAAGUAUGGAAAUUAGUGAAGCCCUCAUCCCUUUGAGUUGUGCUGAGUAAGUAUUUAUCUCAUCUCCUGACUCGGAUAAAUUUUCUGAUCCUUGGAACUUUCUUCCCUAGAAAUUAAUAUAUGAAUUAUAUUUAUGUUUCACAACUAUGAAAAUGACCCAUUCCAGGAGCAUGAAGCAAAGAACUACAAUAUGUUUUGCUGAUGAGUUGAAACACAACAAAAUUUCAGCCAUCUGGGUGACUGUCAUUAGCCAGCUAUCAACAGAGCAAGACCCUCUGUGACAUGUUUAAGGUUGAGGUCCAUUGCCCUGAAACUGAGUCUUCAUCCCAUGAGGAAGGUCCUCUGGGGGCUUUACAUUCCUUAUUUUAGUGCUUCUACGAUAUGAUCUCCUGCUUCUCAUGUCCCUUUGAUUUCUCAGAUGACCACACUCUUCCUUCUGAGUCAUGGUCUUCACUCAGCUAGGUGGCUUUUUCCCCUCCAAAACUCCUGAGAGGUUGUGCCCCCCUCCCUAACCCCAGGAGUUUCUGCCCUCUGCUUACUGUGCCCUGGAAAUCAGCACAUCAAGGCCUAUCUGAGAAUGCUGCACUCUCCAUUGCUCACCUUUUGACCCAGUUCCCCUCCUACCAACUCUUCUCGUCACCCUGUGUAUUCCACUGUGACCCCCUUGCUCUGUGCCACUAGCUAGUCCUUUUAGGAUCACCUGAGUCUUACAACGAUGAAUUUCAGCAGGCAGUUCUACUUUUGCUCUUCAGGGACCCAAGUCUGUUCCUUUCCCCUUUUGCAGGUAUAUUUGGUGUAGUUAUUUAGUGUGGUGGGAAGAGGUAGUCAUGUAGGCUGCAGUCUGCAAGAGAGGGCUGAGGGAGGUUUGGGUCGUCUGCUACCACUGUGGGGAUGUUAUUCAGAUGAGAGGACUUCAUUCUGUGACCUAACCCAGGACCCUCCCUGAAAGAGAGCGUAGCCCAGCUGUGUGUGUGUGUGUGUGUGUGUGUGUGUGUUCAUAUGCACCUGGAUGUAAAAUGACUUAUCUGGUUGUUACUCAGGGUGGGCUGGGGCCUCACCAGAAAAAUCCCCCAAGCCUUCCCAACAGAUUUUUUUUCCUUGUACCCUCUUCAGAGGGUUCAUGGGGUGAGGGUCCAGGUGGGGUGAGGGGGUCUCAUGAUGGAUAACCACUAAGGCCACACUACUGCCAGGGGGAUGGAGGGAGAUGAGGUGGCCCCUAAGGCCCUGGUACCUGGCUUUGGUUUUCUGUCUAAUUUCCUCAGGAUGCCCCUGAGGCCUGGGACCUGUGCCUGUUUUAGAGGAGCAUCUGUGGCUGGGUGAUCCAGCUGCUGGUGUGAUCAUGGGCUUCCCUCCUCUCAGCAGGGCAGGCGCUUCUGCCCCAGAGACUGGGCAACUGGCUGUUUCUAUGACGUAUUUAUUUUUACUUGUGUUUCAUGUCACUUUUUUAAAAAAGCAAACAGAACAAUUGUAAGUAUAACUGCCUAUCAGUUUUCUUUAUUUCUCUUUUUGUAAAAUAAAAUUUAAAUU